AUGUAUGACUCGGACGAUGCCUACAAAAAGUCGCCAGGCUUAGAGGCGACCAAGGUCAACUAUGGAGACAAUCCAUCACCACCACCUUUUCUUCCAACCGAUCCCAAGGAUGGCGCGACGGGUUCCCGUAAGCCCGCGCCAGAGACUCAGACUGCAACCAACGAGGGCGACCGAGUGCUGAUGGGAUUUCUAGCACCGAACCAUCCUGAACUCGCCAUUUCUGCUAGGGAAUCUCCGCUGGAUUCGGAUCGCAAAAGUCAAAAGCAACCGAUCGACUUUGAUCCCAGGAAACUAAAUCCUUUCACAAAGACCGAGAAGGAGGAGAAGCCGAUCCUGCCACCCAUUCCAAAAGAGGAAUUGCGAGAACGCCUGCCCUCAAUUAGUGAACGACCGCCGGAAGUGCCUUUUAGCAAAACACCGCCGGAUAUCAAGUCGCGACUACCAUCCUUACAACCAAUCCAGGCAUCCCCAGCGUCUUGCGCAAACUCUCCCGAGAGCAGUCAGACUCUACCUUCCAUUCGCGAAACGCUCAGCGCGUUGACGGACUUUGGACCACACCCGCCACACCCUUCACGUCCAUUCUCGUCAUGUCCGACAUCAACAACAUCAGGAAAUGACUCACCUUAUGAUCGACCAUUCCCUGCCAAGUUUCCGAUUCCCCCGAGUCCGUACUCUCACUACUCGCCCGUGAGCAUGAAAGACUCCUCUACCAACCCUUCUCCCGCCUCACAUGGAGUCUUCUGGCGCGGUCCCCCAACAGAGGGGCUCACAGCUCCAACCCCGUAUGAGGCUUCACCAAUGUCAGCCACAAGCCCGACUAGUUACCCUACACCGAUUGAACAGGUCGGGACAGGGAUGAGUGACCAUGUCUCACUUGCAGCCUCGACUCCACAGGCCAAUGGGGGGCCGACGGGUAGUUACAAGUGCACUCAUCCGGGGUGUACUGCGGCACCUUUCCAAACACAAUAUCUCCUCAACUCCCACGCCAAUGUGCACUCCCAAGACCGACCCCAUUUCUGCCCCGUAGAAGGAUGUCCCCGCGCCCUCGGAGGUAAAGGCUUCAAACGCAAAAAUGAAAUGAUGCGCCACGGCCUCGUCCACAACUCCCCGGGUUACGUGUGUCCUUUUUGUCCAGACCAACAACACAAGUACCCUCGACCCGACAAUCUUCAACGACAUGUCCGUGUACAUCACGUCGAUAAGAACAAAGACGAUCCUAUUCUGAGACAGGUUCUCGCUCAAAGGCCUAUUGGCAGUGCCCGUGGCCGAAAGCGAAGGAUGAUUAAUACCUAA